AUGCUGUCGCGGUCCACGGGCCAGAGAGUGUACAUGAUGCGCCGAGCGGAGCUGGUCAGGCGGCUGCAGGCAUCAGCACAGAUUGUCAACCUCUUCUCCCUCGCGGGGCAACUGCCUGCGCAUCACCAUGUGCUGGUGCUGUGUGUGUAUGUGUGUGCUGUUGUCUGUAUGCGCAAGUGGAUGGUACCAAUAAACUGCACAGCCAGAGUGUAUGGUCGUUUGCCGGUUGCCCAGAGUGACGCGGAGGAAUGCGGAUUCCCGCCCGAAAAAUCCGACACUGACGAGCAGGGGACGAGUGCGCGACUGCAACGAGCCCCGAGCGGGUCGCCGGGGCCAUGGACGUCUCCAAGGCCCAAGCGGCGGUCCUACCGGGAUCAACACGUACCGACAGACGUACAUCCCAUGACGGAAGACUGGAUUUCGAAGAAUUCAGUAACAAUCUGGCGUCACCCGACCCCGCAUGGAAGGGCUUUGUGGGUUCAUCUCGAGUCUGCACGGGAGACGGUUCGAUUUCACUCUCGGUCUUUCGUGUGGAUGCGCAACUCCCUUCGGCGAGCUCGAAAGCCCACCAACACUCCAGUCGAGAAGAAGUUUUGUGCAGCCUUCAUGCAGGCCCGUCUCUUUCGAGGGAGCAAGGCCGUAAAGGUUUCUGAUUUACAAAAAGCGCAAGAUUCAGGAAUUAACUUCUCUCGCCAACAAAUAAGUCGUGCUGCUCCAGUCAUCACACAACCCUCGUCAUUCACAAUGAAUAAAUGA